AUGGCUCCAGCUGAAGGUGUUGGAGAUCAAACUAUUAAAGAUGUUCCAGCAUCAUUAUCUGGCGAUGAAGUUGUCAUCAGUGGUAUAUCUGGAGUGUUCCCAAAUUCAGAUAGUGUUUUGGAUUUCAUGAAUAAUCUUUACAACAAGGUGGAUAUGGUAACAGAAGAACCGAAAUGGAAUGUAAAUGAUCCAGAUGUACCCAAACACGUGGGAAAGAUUACAGGCACCGACAAGUUUGAUGCUCAGUUUUUUGGUGUCAGCUAUCAUUUAGCAUGCGCUUUAGAACCUAUGGCAAGAAAACUACUGGAGCAUGCAUAUGGAGCAAUUUUCGAUUCAGGUACGAAUCCACAAUCGUUGAGAGGAAAAAGAGUAGGAGUAUUUGUAGGAGUAAAUUUUACUGACAAUAGUACACUAUCAAUGUACAAUGUAAACAAGCGCAGUGACUUCAUUAUAAAUGGAUGUAGCAAAGCAAUGUUGGCCAAUCGCAUCUCUUACUGGAUUGACAGUAAAGGUCCAUCUUAUGGUUUAGAUUAUGCCUGUUCAGGUUCUACUGCCUGUUUAGAAAUAGCUUACAAGUCUAUAAAAUCUGGAGAGUGUGAUGCUGCAAUUAUUGGUGGAUGUAAUUUUGGGUUACAUCCUUCAUUAGCCGCAAAUUUAAGAAAAGCUGGCUUAUUAUGCUUAGAUGGAAAGACAAAAUGCUUUGAUAAGAACGGGGAUGGCUACGUAAGGGCGGAUGCUAUUAAUGUCAUCUUUUUACAAAAAGCCCAAGAUGCACACAGGAUUUACACACAAGUAUAUCAUGCAAAAGGCAUCUACAAAAUGAGACCGGACGCACAGUUCUUACCGUACCGAGAAACUGAAGAUAUUGAGAAAUUCCUUAAUGAAUUCUAUAAAGAGACUAAUGUGGACCCUCAGAGCGUUGAAUAUGUUGAAGCUCAUGCCACAGCUAUAGCAAAAGCAGAUGAAAAUGAACUGAGGGCUAUUGGAAAUAUUUUUGCGAAAGACAAUCCGGUAAAAGUUGGAAGUGUGAAAUCGAAUAUGGGAAAUAGUGAGUCAGCUUCUGGAAUAUGCGCUCUUACUAAGCUCUGUCUAGCCUACCAUCAAGGCAAGCUACCAGCCAACCUCCUUUACAACGAGCCUCAAGACAAUAUUCCUGCAAUAAAAGAUGGAAGAAUCCAAGUUGUGACUGAUAAUGUUAAUUUUGACAGAGGAUUCACUGCUAUGAAUAAUUUUUCUUUCUCUGGUGCUAAUUUCCAUGUACUUUUGAAGGGACAGUAUAAAGAAAAGAAUCUACAGAGAUAUGAAUGUGGAAUUCCUCGCCUUGUUCUUGCAUCUGGUAGAGAGGAGACGUGUGUGCAAAAAAUAUUGGACAUUUUGAAGAGUCAGCCAAUAGAUGCUGAAGAAAUUGGCCUUCUCCAUAAAAUAUUUGAAUAUGAUAUACCUGGGCAUACUGGACGUGGAUACACUGUACUCGAUACUAAUGAGAAUAAAGAAACUGUGAGCGUAGCGGAAAGUGCUGAUUACUACCCAGGCUUGAAACGCCCUCUAUGGUUUGUGUACAGCGGCAUGGGUUCUCAAUGGGCUGGAAUGGGGGCUGAUCUGAUGAGAAUACCCAUAUUUGCCAAGGCUAUUCAUAAGUGUCAUAAAGUUUUGGAACCAUUGGGCCUGAAUCUUAUACGGAUUGUGACUGAACCAGACAAUAGAAUAUUCGACAAUAUUCUGAACGCGUUCGUUGGCAUCGGUGCGAUACAAAUUGGCCUGACUGAUGUCAUUAAAGCCAUGGGGAUUGUUCCUGAUUAUAUUAUUGGUCACAGUUUGGGUGAAAUGGCGUGUGCAUAUCAUGACGAUACAUUCACGGCUGAAGAAUUGAUUCUAGCUACGUACUGCCGAGGGAAAGUUUGUUUAGAAACUGAUCUUAUAAAGGGAUCAAUGGCUGCUGUUGGUGUUGGAUAUCAAGCUAUUGUGAAUCAAUGCCCACCAGAAAUAGACAUAGCCUGUCACAAUAGCCACGAAUCUACAACGAUAUCGGGUCCAGCUGAAAAAAUGACAGAGUUCGUAGGAGAACUGACCAAACGCGGUAUCUUUGCCAAAGAAGUUCCCUGUGCUAACAUAGCUUAUCAUUCAAGAUACAUCGCGCAAUGUGGUCCUGAGUUACUCAAACGUUUACGAGAAGUUAUCAAAAAUCCGAAGAAGCGAAGCAGCAAAUGGAUAUCCACAUCCGUCCCUCAAGAUAAAUGGGAUCAGCCUGAAGCUGUAUAUUCCUCUGCUGAAUACCACACGAACAAUUUGCUGAAAUCCUUGGAAGAGAGGUUCACACCCUUGGAGGCGAUGUUCAUGCAGAAGAUGGAAGCAGUUCAGGCUCAGAUCCAGGCAGCCGGUCCCGCCAAGGAUACCAUCGCUAAAGUGGCUGAGGAGUUCCGAACAUUCAGGGAACUAAUGUUCAGCUUGCUGGGGCUUCUGCGUCGUCAGAUCACCGAGUGCUCCCGGCAGAUAGAUGACAUGGAGACAAGGAGUCGACGUAAAGCACUGAUCAUGCAGGGUAUACCUGAAAAAGAGGGUGAGGAUUGUACGGGACUUGUGUUAGAUGUUAUCAACACUAAACUGGGCCUUAAUUUCACCACAACUUCCAUAAAAGCCUGUCACAGAUUGGGACAGACAAGUGCUGACCAUCACCGGCCCCUUCUUAUCAGGUUCGCAAGCGUGGACAAUAAAUUGUCAGUUUGGCGGGCCAAAACCAAAUUGAAGGGUACCAAGAUUGCCAUCAGGGAGUUUUUAACAAAGGAAAGGCAGAAUGCUUUCUUGAAAGCGCGUCAGCAUUUCGGUUUGCGGUCUUGCUGGACUCAGGAUGGCAUCAUACACAUAAAAGCACCUGAUGGAAGCAGGUACAAAGUGACUUCAACGGUAGAGCUGAAUCCUAUUCUGACCAAGUACCCGAGGAUGCAAGGUGCGUCUUCGUCCAGUGCCAAACGGAGUGCAGAGGAGACUGUCGGGAACCUGAAAAGUACACGCAGAUAA